AUGGAUGAUUUGUUGGAAGAUAUUUGUAUUUGUGAAAAUGAUAAUAUAGAAAAUGAACAACAAGCAACAACCACAGUAACAACAACGAGAACAAUAACAAAUACAUCAACAUCUACUCUUAAAAUACAAAAGAAAAAGAAAGCAGUCAAAACUGAUUCAUCAAAAACUCGGUGUAACGCUUGUUUAAAAACUUUUUCUAUUCAUUGUGAUGGUAAAACAGCACUUGAUAAACAUAUGAAUCAUGUUGCACAUCAAACGUCAAUGAAAACAUUUGAAAAAUCGACAUUAAUCAAAACACUUGCAGUUUUAGCAAGUGAAUCGGAUCAAAUUUCAGCUGCUGAAGGCAUGAUAGUAUACCAUGAAGUUAAACAUGGAUACAGUUAUAUUUCACAAGCAUGUGGAACAAAUUUGAUAAAAUCACUAUUUGAAUCAUCAUCAUCAGUAGCAAAGUCAUUAUCAUGUGGUAAAACGAAAUCUAGAGCAAUUGCAUGUAAUGUAUUCGGACCAUAUUUUACAAAAAAAGUAAUUGAUCAAGUGUUAGAAGCACAGUUUUAUUCAUUAUCAUAUGAUGCUUCAAAUAAAGGAAAUUGUAAGACAUAUCCAUUUACUGUACAAUUUUUUUCAGAUGUUGGUGUUAAGAGAGUACUUAUUCAGUUCAUCGAAGAUCCACAUGAAACAGCAGAAGAUAUAUUUAAAAAUGCUUGCAGAGUGAUAAAUGAUUUUCAAUUAAAAAUUGAACAUUUGACAAGUGUUAGUGCUAAUAACACCAAUGUCAAUUUUGGCGAGCAUCAUUCAGUAUUUCGACUAUUUAAAAAUGAAGCACCACAUAUUGUACAAGGUAUACUUAAACGUUUAUCAUACAUUGAAUUUAUUAAAUUCAAAUCAACUAAGCGAAUCGAAGAACUAAAAGCAUAUUAUGAAUUUGUACAAUCUGAAUAUACUACGUUAUUGCAACAUAUUCUUACAAGGUGUUUAAGUUUAUUGCGUUCCAUUGAACGUUUACUUGAAAAAUAUGAACUUAUAAAAUUGUAUUUUUUAAAUCAACCAGCCACAAUGAAAAAUCAACAACUCUUAAAGUCUUUCUUCGAUACUGAUUUACAACUACAACGCACAUAUUCAACAGCAGUUGAUCUGCAUCGUAUAAUUGAUGGUUUGAUUAGAAAAUUACAACAAAGAUUACGUGAUAAAUAUUUCGGUAAUAGAACACACGAUAUAUUGAGACAGUUACAGGAAGCCGAUGCUAAUAAAGCUGAAGAAUUUAAAAGAUCAUUUGAAUCAUUUAUUGAAACUGUUAUUGAAUAUAUUAAAUCUUAUUAUGAUGAUAACACAAGGAAAUUUUAUGAAAAAUUAUCAUUUUUUAGUUAUCAAUCACUUGAAUUUCUUGCAUUGGAACGUCUUAUGGAUGUUGCUGACUUAGUUAAAAUUGCUUUUGCUCAGAGUAAAGCUACAAUCAAUUUUGUUCGUGCAGGUUCUGUUCAAGCUUCACCUGAUUUAUUUUUAUCCCAGGACGGUACACGACUUCGUGUUAUCAGUGAUCCUCUUGAUCAAGCGUCAAUGCGUGUAGUUCAUUUACAACAAAUUACCGAUGAAGCUGAAGACAAGCUUACAAGUGGUUUCGACGAGAUCUCAGCAGUAUCCUCCUCCGAAAUGAAAUCGAUUUCCACAAAAGCAACAACCAAAUCGUCUGAAAAGAAAAUUGUCAAAGAUCCAUGGGAUAAUAGAUAUGAGAAAAAAAUUCAAAUAUUGUAA